AUGAAAAUCGAUGUCAAAUUUUCUUUUUUACUUUGUUUUCUUUACUUAAUUGAUUUUGUUCAUUGUGAUGAUUUCAAAUGCCCUGAAAGGGGUAAAGUUGGUGAAUUGAAAGUUCCAAAUGUUCUCAGCUUGAUCAGGUCUCAAUCAGGUUAUCAGGCUUCUGUUGAAGUUAUUAAUCCGACUCGAAACAAUUUGGUCCAUGAUUAUUAUGAUGGGGAAAAUAAUGUUGGAUACAUUGACUUGGAAGCAACUAUUCAAGAUAAAAUGAAUCGACGAUAUUAUUAUCAUUCGAAAAAGGAAAAGAUUGCUGUUCGAGAAAAUAUAUGUACAAGGUUGGACUUGAUACAAAAUGAGAAGAUCGAAUCCAUCAAAGAUUGGUUCGAACCAAGUGAUAUUGUCGCCAAUUCAGAGAUGUUUAAAGAUUUCGUUCAUUUGGGACCAACAGGAUUGAUGAUUUAUGCCCAUAGUAUAAGUGAUAAAGCUUCAUUCAUAGGAUCUGAACUGAUUGAAGGUCGUACUGUUAAUCACUGGUUUUAUUGCACCAAUCCUAAUGGACCUUACAUUGACUUUUACUUCGAUGUUAAGACUUCGUUGCCUCAUCGGUUCUCGUUGUAUUAUCCUGAAUGGAUCGAAACUCAGGAAGUCAUAAAAGUAAAUGAAACUCGAACAGUUAAAAAGCAAGUUGAUUCCGAGUCAAAAUAUGUUUACAAUUAUUACAUGUUCAAACCGUUGUUCAUAACAUCAGACGACGCCCUUCCAUAUCCAUUGGGUUAUGGAUGUGCGCGUAAAGGUACUAGUCCAUCUACUCCAUUACCAGAUUUUAGUCAAUAUGGAGCUAAAGAGUUUAAUAUGGACAUGGAAGCUAUCAUUACUUAUUCUGGCCGUGAUCCAAUAAAAACAACUGCUCGAGUAAUGAAACGAGGCGAUGUUAUUUCAUACGAAAUCCAAGAAGGAACCGAUUUCGUUCGUUCCAUUGAAAUUCCUCCUCCUUUGGGACGAUUUGAAGUGGAUGAACACUCUGGUCGAUGCAAUUAUUAUACAUCAAAUUAUUCACCUGAUGAUACUUUAAUCACUCGUUGGCCUUUCCAUCAAGAUCGUGGCUUCAAUCUAUUGUAUUAUUUGGUAAUGAAGCCAAUUCGAGAGCUUACACCAACUUUCAUUGGUUCGAUAUUUUUAGGGUCAUUGCGAGUGGAGGAAUACAGAGCUAUUAGAUUCUUCUCGGAUAGAGUGGAUGCUAUUGUCGACUAUUAUUAUAUACAUAACGACAGUAAUAUUGUUCCAAGUAAAGUCAUAUUCACUCCAGAUCGCAGGGAUUCUUAUUAUGGUUCCGUUGGUGCCCCAACUCAAGUUGAAGUAACCAUAAUUCAUGCCGAACAUGGUGCAAUAAAUAUUGAUUAUAAAGAUCGAUUCGAUAUUUCUGGUUGUUAUCAAGAACCUGGAAGUUAUACUUGGUUUCAACUUCUCUUUUCUAAUCAUUGGCUGUCAUCCAAUAUGCAAAUGGUUAAGGAAUCCACAGAAGAAUAUUUGACUUCAUUCAUUCCGAUAACUCGCAUUGGUUCAAUUCAUGCACAACAAGUUGAUUCUAAUGUAUAUGUUACUGUUAAGCUUUAUGAUCGUGUACGUUUCAUUGAGGCUUAUAGUCGUUCGGAUAGCGAAACAGUUAUAAACCCUUCAUAUAUUUUGCAAAGAUCUAAAGUCGAGGACUGUGAACAACUGUGCAAUACGCAUCCCGACUGCAAUGAUUUUAGUUAUUGUGACGAUUACACUUGUACGAUUCACACAGAUCAUUAUAGGUGGCCACAAACACAAUAUGAACAAGGAUGCACAAACUAUCUUAGAUGGGUAAAGGAUGCCACUCCAUUGGUCAAUAAAAAUUAUUUGUCGACAAUGGAACAUGUGUUGCAACAGAUAAGGAAUAAAGUCUCAGCAGGCGAAUUUCUUUUAGAAAAUAUUGGUCUAUCAGCUGAAGAUUUGUUCAUUGUGAAUGGACCUGAAGAGAUCGGAGAUAUUUCCCAGCAACUACAUUUAGGUGUUUCUAGACCAUUGAGAGCUGAUGAUUUUCCGAUGAUCAAAACUGAUCGUCAUUUCGAUGAAGCACUAUUCAAGAUCGAGAAAAGUACUCUUCAAGAGUGUUUCAUGGCUUGUGUUAACGACGAUGAUUGUAAUACACUUUCAUAUUGUGUUAACCAGAAUAAGGAAUGUGUUCUGAGUGGAGAAACAUCGAGUUCAUUGAAAGAUUCACUUGAAGACAAAACAAGUCAUGCAGAUGGAUGCAACAUCUAUCAAAAAUCAUUUAUGAAUCUAUUCGAUGAGUAUCCUGGCAAAAUUUUAGUUCUUGAUGCCGUCUCAACCAUAACAAAUGUACCAAUUGGUGAUUGUGCUAAAAGAUGUGAUCAAUCAAAUGAUUUCAGUUGUGAAUCGUUCGAUUAUUGCAAUAUUAAUAAUAAUCAACGAAAUGAAUCUGUUUGCUUCUUACAUGUUAACCACAUUGAGAUUGAUAAAGUUCAUCAAAUAAAUGCGACAAACUGGAAGUUGGCUGAAGCUGGAUGUUCCCAUUAUUCAAAAAAAUCUGAACUCGAUUAUGAACAUAAAGUUGGACUUGCAUUGAAAGAUGAUACGAAGGAAUCAAUUGUUGCAACCUUUGACCAUUUAUCAUUAGAACACUGUGCUUCCAGAUGCAAUUCAGAUCCUAAUUGUUUUACUCUCGAGUUCUGUGAAUCGAUUGAUUAUAAACAAGUUUCCGAUAGCAGUGUUUCAUUGACGAGUUGUGUAUUGACCAACUUGAAACCAAGUAAUGCUAAUCAAACUGGACUAUUUGAAGGAUCAAAAAGCACCAAAAAAAUUUGCUCAAUUUACAUAAAUCACAACAAGAUCACAGGAAAAAUUAAAACUGACGCAUAUCCACCUGAAUCCACCUUACCAUCUGAAUCACCAACUAAAUCAGGCAACUUGAAGAUAGCAUUUGGAUUGGCGUUUGCUGGUGGAUUCACUGGAUUUAAAUUUGCUGCUAAAAAAGGAAUCAUUCCAUAGACUAACUCAUUGACAACCAAAAAUCAACAUCAUUAAAGGAAGACUGAAGAUGGAUGUUUAAGAAUCAUUCAUUCGCGAUCAACAUGGGACAUUUAUUCAACAUAUUUAUGUAUGGACCAUUGUCAAAUAAUGGUUUAAUUUUUAAAGAGAAAUUUUUAAUUAAAAGAA